CAUCAUGGCGGCUUCCAUUUCGGGCUACACCUUCAGCGCUGUGUGUUUCCACAGCGCCAACAGCAACGCGGACCACGAAGGAUUUUUGCUGGGAGAGGUAAGACAAGAGGAAACCUUUAGCAUAAGUGACUCACAAAUCAGCAACACGGGAUUUCUGCAAGUAAUUGAAAUCCAUAACCAUCAGCCUUGUUCAAAACUUUUUAGUUUUUAUGACUACGCAAGCAAAGUUAAUGAAGAGAGUUUGGACAGAAUUCUUAAAGAUCGGAGAAAGAAAGUUAUCAGGUGGUAUAGAUUCCGGCGAAACACACAGCAACAGAUGUCAUACAGAGAGCAAGUUAUUCAUAAACAGCUUACCCGCAUCCUUGGCGUGCCUGACCUUGUCUUCCUUCUCUUCAGCUUCAUCUCCACUGCCAACAAUUCCACUCACGCUUUAGAGUAUGUUCUCUUUAGACCAAAUCGCAGGUAUAAUCAAAGAAUAUCACUUGCUAUCCCCAAUCUAGGCAAUACUAGCCAACAAGAGUACAAAGUGUCUUCAGUGCCAAAUACUUCUCAGAGUUAUGCCAAAGUUAUUAAAGAACAUGGUACUGACUUUUUUGACAAGGAUGGAGUGAUGAAAGACAUCAGGGCCAUUUAUCAGGUUUAUAAUGCACUUCAGGAGAAAGUACAGGCAGUGUGUGCAGAUGUAGAAAAGAGUGAGCGAGUUGUUGAAUCUUGUCAGGCAGAAGUGAACAAAUUAAGAAGACAAAUCACUCAGAGGAAGAAUGAAAAGGAACAAGAAAGAAGACUGCAGCAGGCAGUGUUUAGCAGACAGAUGCCAUCUGAGGGUGUGGCGCCUGCGUUCAGUCCUCGGAGGCCCUCUUCUGGGUUUGCAGCCGAAGGCAGAAGUGCACUUGCAGAUGUGGAACCCUCUGACCCUCCUCCUCCUUAUUCCGACUUUCACCCAAACAAUCAAGAGAGUACUCUGAGCCAUUCACGCAUGGAAAGGAGUGUCUUUAUGCCGCGACCUCAAGCCGUGGGCUCUUCUAAUUAUGCUUCCACCAGUGCCGGACUGAAGUACCCUGGAAGUGUUGCAGACCUUCUUCCUUCCCAAAGAGCAGCUGGAGACAGUGGUGAAGAAUCAGACGACAGUGAUUAUGAAAAUUUGAUUGACCCUACAGAGCCCUCUAAUAGUGAAUACUCAUAUUCGAAGGAUUCACGACCCAUGACACAUCCCGAUGAGGAUCCCAGGAACACUCAGACCUCCCAGAUUUAACUAAACAAAAGAAACUCUCCACUUAGCACUGUUUUUCUUAAUUGCUUAUUGAGAGUUUGUUGAGGACUCAAUCUGGGCACAGAACGGCUUUACCAGAUAGUUG